CCUCUCUCUAUCUUUUUUCUGGCUCUCCCUACGUAAAUCUCUCUCGCGACAUUCGCCGUCAAGGCUUCGACGAACCACGCAGCGAGCAAAGAGAGGAUACGGAAGGUCGCGCGUUCGAACCCGAGCCAAUGGUCUGCGCCGCCGCGUCGAUCUGACCGCUGACUGACUGGCUGAACUGGGUCCGGGUUUGUCGUGUUAUGUCGUCCCGCUUCCUCGCUGGUGCCGCCCCGCCGCAUCUUCUACACCGACAACGCUUGCGCCGCCGCCCUCGCCCUCGCCCUCGGCCAGGUUCGUAGACAGACAGACAGACAGACAGACAGAUAGAUAGAUGUCUGCGAGCCGCCGCGCGCGAUAGCGAGCCCUUUCUGUCCGCCGACAGCCGUGCGUGCACUGACUUCAUAUCGCCCGUCGCCAUGCGGCCCCCGACCACGAUGCUCAACCUGCCGUCCUCGCUGCUCCCGUUCCUCCUCCUCCUCCUCCUCCUCCUCUUCGGCGCCGCCGCCCAGCCCCCGCAGCCGACCGCAAUCCGCAAGAUGUCGCUCGACGAGGGCGAGAAGUUCUUCGCGGAGUACUACGCCUUCGGCGACCCCGCAGCAGCAGCAGCAGCAGCGCUGGGCGCGCGGGGCGACAGCUCGCUCCUCGCCAACGUGUCCGCGGCGCCCUUCCUGCCAGCGUACCCGGUGCACUACGGCGGCGCGGCAGCGGCAGCGGCGGCGGUCGCGAGCAAUGCCUCUACCUCUACCUCUACCUCGCCGCUCGACCCUUCGCGCUCGCCCUCACCCGAGGCCGCGUGGGCGCGGCGCGCGGACGCCCGCGCGCUUCUCCGCGGCCGCCAGUUCGCGUGCCCGGCGGGGACCAGCAGCUGCGCCGACGUCGGCCGCCCGGGCUACUGCUGCGCCGACGGCACCGCCUGCUUCGUCGUCCCCGGCGCCCCCGACGCCGGCAACGUCGGCUGCUGCCCCCAGGGCCAGACCUGCAGCGGCAGCGUCGGCGCCUGUCCCGCCGGUGCCGCCGCGUGCCCGGCUGCUCAGGGCGGCGGGUGCUGCAUCCCCGGCUACGCCUGCGCUGAGAUGGGGUGCGUCUUCAGCACCGUCUCGAUCAUAACCCAGCCCCAGACGACCCUGACCUCGACCACCAUCUCGACGGCGCCGGCCCCGCCACCGCCUAGCACGCGGGUCGUGACCGUGAUCGUGACCGUGACGCCCUCGGACGGCGGGGACCCGGUCGCGAGCACCACGACGCGGACGACGACGCUCUCGGGCGGUGCCGGCGGCGGCGUGCCACCCUACCGGCCGACCGGCACCUCGUCCUCACCGACCGCGCCGGCUUCCACCUCGGACGCGGCCCCGCCGCCCGAGGACUCCGACACGGCGUCGUACUGCCCCACGGGGUUCUACCCGUGCGUGGCGCGGGCGGGCGGCGGGUGCUGCCGGACGGGGCGCGACUGCAGCACGACGUCGUGCCCGCCGGCGGCGCCGUCGACAACGGUGCUCGCGACGGACGGCGCGACGGUCGUGGUGCCGGCGAGCGAGGCCCCGCCCGCCGCGGCGCCGAGCCCGACGUGCGCCGGCGGCUGGUUCCUGUGCGACGGCGCCGACAGCGGCGGCGGCUGCUGCCCCGCCGGCUACCGCUGCGGCACCGCGAGCUGCACGCUCGAGGCCCCGACGGCGACCGCCACCGUGCAGAAGGCGCUGCCCAACGGCGCGGUCGGGAGGAGGGCGGUCAAGGGCGGCGGGUGGUUCGGGUUGGGACUGGGGCUGCUUGUGGCGCACGCCGGGGGGCGGUUUUAGGGGCCGAGAGGAGGAGUGGAGAGUGUGUGGUGGUGGUAUGUGUGACGACGAUGCGAUGCGAUGCGAGACAAAGCGGUGAGAUGACGGGAUACGGCACGCUACGACGCUACGAUUUUCGACACGACGUCUAUUUUGACGAGGAAUGACGAGGUAUAGAGGAAGAAGAGAGGGGCCUCGUCUCGUGGGUGCGGCAGCGUGGAGGGGUGAGCCGGCCGUUUCCAUGUACGGGGGUGGAGGGUUGAAAGAAACACGAAGAUAUGCGGAUAGACGGAGAGGCACAAAGACUACGCGACGCUCGCGAGACGAAUUUGCAUGGGAAGGAGUUUUUGCUGGUAAUUAGCAUCCGUCACGGCUGCUCUAUGGGACCCCGGGCCUGUCACUGCUCCUACACGGGUCUCAGUUGUUGGCCGUAAGCAAUAAUGAAUGCCCAGCUAUCAUUUGUAACCGACUUGCUAGACUUACACCGUCU